AUGAGGCUGGGUGCUGUGCUUGUUGUAAGAACUGUGGAUGUGAAGGCUGCAGUGGUUCAGCAGGAGAGUGUAAUCCAGCUGGGUGCUGUGCUUGUUGCAAGAACUGUGGAUGUGAAGGCUGCGAGGAUUCAACUGCUACUGCUGGUGAGAAGUGUGGUUCAGGAUCUUGUUCAAGCUCCUGUUGCUGCAAUCCAGAAUCAGGCUGCAAGUGUGCUCCAAAGAACUGCUGCAAUUGAACUUGCAAUCAACAACAGGAUCCCUGACACAUCUUACAAUACUUGGCAUAUGUUUGACUAACAAUGAAAUUAUAAUUACAUAUACAGAAUUACAUAUGAUGUAUUUGCAUGAAACCUAUGAGUCCUUUUUUAUAUGAUGGAUUCAUGUUUUUCAAUUGAUUCCAACUAUUUCUGACAGUCCAUUUGAACAAACUGAUGUAUGGAAGAUUUCCUGCACUUAUGUGUGAUUAUGUUCCAGCAAAGAAUUUGGCCACAUUGAAAAACAAGUUCUUUGCACAAAAUGAAAA